AUGGGAACAGCCAAAAACAAUCAAAAUGUACUGAAACUUUCACUUCUUGACAAAAGUAAGACACCUAAAAACUAUGACCAUCCUGAAGUUCUGCAUCACACCUUUGAGACUCUGUUUAACCUUCACAUGCUGCUUCCAAAUUGUCUGUUGGAGAUGCUUUAUUCCUAUAAGAGUGAACAGGACAAAGAAAAAUGUGAGAAUUCUGAACUCUCUGGCUUAGAAAGGAUCUUAGCAAGACAUCAGUUUCCCAAAGAGAUUAAUCUGACCCCAAAGCCAAGCAAUAUGCUCCUGUGGAAAAGAAAAGCCAUCAACAAUGCAAAUCACUGGUGGAAAAAAUGUCACUUGAACAAAAACACAAAGGAUCCUCCAAUGUCAACUAUAGUUGUCAGAUGGCUGAAAAAGAACACGCAACCCACUGAAGAUCUUCAGUCAGUAAUCCAGAGGCUGUCAGUGUUUGGGCCAAUUAAGUCAGUCAAUCUCUGUGGACGGCAAAGUGCUAUAGUGGUGUUUGAGAACAUGACUUCAGCUUGUAAUGCUGUGAGUGCUUUUCAAAGUAGGACCCCUGGCACAUUGUUGCAAUGUUCCUGGCAACAACGAUUCAUGUCUAAGGAUGAAACUCUUGAUAUGUCCAUGGAUUGUAAAUGA